AUGGUCUCGCGCUCACUCUCCCUCGCCGUGUCGAUUGCCGCGGCUGUUUCGUCUGUUCGAGGCCAAAACGACAGCCAGACGUCAUUGACGCUGGACACGGCCGUCAUCUCAACCGCUUUCGAGCACGCAAACGAAGGCGGCCAGUAUAACUUCACGGCCUCGACGACGUCUUCCAACAACUUUAUCAACUGGUGCGAGACGACCGGCCUUCCCUUGACCAACGGCACCCAAGUCACGACCGGAUCAUGCAACCCCGCACCGAUGGGUGCUAUUCCUUCGCAGGACAAGAUCCCGACCAGCAAGUUUGUUACGCCGCUCAACUUCGACGAGAUUUGCGCAGGCACGACCUUCCCCAUCUCCCUCGCGAUCUCCAACCUGGUUUCGGGCUGGUCGGCAGACGUGUUCGACAACUUCUACGCUGCGCCCCAACAGCUUGACGCCGACACCGGGCUCAUCCGCGGGCACGCGCACUUCUACAUCGACUCUGUCGGCGCGUACAACUCGACAACUCCUGUUGACGCACUUGCUUUCGCGUUUGCUGGGCUAGCAAGCGCACCGGCUGUUGAUGGGAAGCUGAGCGGGACCGUCACGGGCGGUUUACCGGUGGGCGUUUACCGCCUCGCGAGUGUGAUUGCGGCGGAGAACCAUCAGCCUGUGCUUGCUCCACUCGCUGCACACGGGUCGAUCGACGAUAUCGUCUACUUCACGGUCAAGUCGUGCUGA